AUGUCGCGCCCCAAGCCCAAGUACAUCCCGUUCACCAACGAAGAAAUGAUCUGCAGCAUUUUUGUCGGCACGAAGAAAGAUGAACCUGCAAUCGGCACCAUCGUCAACAACACCAAGAUUCUUUCCGAGGAUAGUCAACUCAAGCUCCAAGAUUCUAUUGAUGAAGCCCUUUACGGAGCCGACAAGGAUGCCACGUUUUGUGACACUCUUGGCAGCAACAUUGUGUGGCCGAAAGAGGCUUUCUGGGACUUUGUUCUCUUCCUGGACAACCACGGAGACGUGAAGCGUAUCACUUGCGUCUCCAACAGCUGCAUUGUGCUCCUUACCGAGAGUAACUUCACCAUCGCGCUUCUCAUCUCCGGCAACAACUUCGACAUCAGUCCGCCCAAAGAAAAGACCAAGAUCCGUGACAGCAUCGACAGCUUCGAAGUUGAGGUUGGUUUGACCCAGGAGGUUGCGAGGCUCACUCCAUUCAAGGCUACCAUGGCCACCAGGUCCUCCAAGCGUGGACGCUAG